AUGAAGUUCUUCAAGAAUGGGUCUCUGCGCUGGGGCCGUAGUAGAACCCAGGAGACUCGAGGUCUCUGUGCGACAUUCUGGUGGGAAGCGUCGCGGGCCGGCACCACGAGGGGGCCGCUUUCCGGCAUCUGUUUCGGCGGGAGGAAGAGAAGGAGCUUUGCAAACUCGCACGACCGCACAAACUCCGCGGGUGGCGCUGGGGAUCGAGACGCACGCGCGCGACGCGUCGGUCACCGGUCCCACCAAACCGCCCACGUCGAAGGUCGCGACUUUCCCUCCGUCUGCGAUGGCGAGAACCUCGCCUCCCUCCCCACCCCCGACCCGAGUCCGAACCCGAAACGUGCAAAAACGACAGGUGCGCUCGUUGAAGGCGAUGGCAACAAGGAGAACAUCCCCCCCUUCGUCACCGAGGUCAUCAAUUCAUCCUCUCCCACGUCCAUCCGUCGAACUCGUUCACUUCGCCGUAUGAACACUAUGGUGCAUGAGUCUCCGUCGCGGACCAACACGCCUCGCCGCUAUUCAUCAACAUCCAACCUGCGCCACGCAGUGGCGACCCCCGCCACUUCGCUUUCCCAGCUCUCUCUAGCCACGCCUCCCCCGAGUCCCCCUAUCAUCCUCCAACCGUUGCAUGUUCGCGUCAAGGCACUUCUCCGCCCAACGUGCAACGACGGGCUUGAGAUGGCUGGUCGCGAACAAGAGCGGUCUCAGAUCGAAGCCUUCUUCCAGGACUUCAUCCACGGCGUUUCCAACAGAAGCUCAAGUGCCCUUUACAUCUCGGGCUCCCCGGGGACAGGCAAGACGGCGCUCGUCAAUACUGUGCUUGAGGCUCUCAAAGAUGACGUCAUGAAGGCGAACAUAGAGCUUAUGGUUGUCAACUGCAUGGCUUUGAACGGCGUCGACGCGGUCUGGCAGCAGCUUGCGGACAUGACCUCUGCGAGCGCGAAGCCGAAGGGUCGUGGCAAGAAAAGCAAGGACAGCCCUCAGCAAGUCGUGCAGAAGGCUCUCACAACCAGCGAGAGGAAGUGCAUUGUUGUACUUGACGACGCUCUCUCCGUUGUUUGCAUUGCGCACGCGUCUUCCGCAAACAUACGCCUUGUCGGUAUCGCCAACACGCACACUCUCACAGCGGCGUCUUCCACGACACUCUCGGUCCAGUCCCUUGCCGGGGUUGAUACGCUUCACUUCGCACCGUAUAGUGGAGAGCAGCUGUUGGGCAUUCUCCGAGCCAGGUUGGCACCUCUUUCUGCCGAUGAUGAAGACCUCGCGGCUCGAGCACAGAAGUUUCUUCCUCUUCCGGCUCUCACUUUGCUCUCGAAGAAGAUCGCGGCCCAGACCGGCGAUGUUCGUGCGGUGUUCGAAGUGCUGCGCAGUGCAAUCAACAUCGUCAUGAAUAACGUUUCUUCGGAAAACCCCUCGGCGCUCCGCUUCCCUCUCUGGAAAGACGGCCCCCUUCCCACCCCCUCAUCUGCGCCUUCGACUGUACGCAAGGCCAGCGAUAGCGAGACGGUGACGAAGGUCCGUGAACUUGGCCUUCAGCAACGCCUCGUCCUUCUGGCUGCGCUGCUUGCCACCAAGUCCUCGGAUGCAGGUGUCUCUCUGAAUGCAUCAUCGCCAUCGCGCUCCCCGGUCAAACGGACGCAGUCGACCGCGGCUGCGCAGCCCUCGACCGGCAAGAUUGCAGCCUUCGACAUGGGCCACCUCCACGCCUUCUAUACCGCAAUCCUAGCUCGUGCAGAGAGCAGCGUCUUCGCACCCGUCUCUCGUAGCGAGUUCGGUGAUCUCGCUGGCGUGUUGGAGGUCAUCGGUCUCCUUGCCCUUUCGUCGAGCAGCAGCCUGCCUUCCACUCCCCGCAAGGCCGGCAAGAAGUCGUUCAGCCGCACAAUGUCGUUUACUGGCAGUCCCAGUACUCAAGAUGUUCGCUUCGUCGAGGACGUCCGCCUGGAUGAGGUUACUCGUGGCCUGGGCCUCGGUGCAGAUGACACACCGACUGACGCACGUGAAGAGGAACUCCGGGCCAUCUUCCAGCGCGAGCAGGCCCGCAUCGCCCGGGAGGCGAAAGCCCGCGGCCGGCCCGACGCCAUGGAAUCGUAA